AUGGCUCUUAGUGGUGGGGUGUACCCCAUGGAUCAUCCAAUGGAAUAUUCUGGUGACACCGUACUUCCGGCUCGGCCCACGGCCCCGGAGUGCACGGUGCGGGACAUGGUAGAAGGACCACAGACCCCAUCCAAAGGGUUCGGAGCAGAAAUAUUCAAGCUCUUCGGAGGCGGUAACAUCGGUAACAAUGGGCUAAGAAAGACCACGCGAGAUGGCCAGCAGCCCAAACGUCGCGGGCCCAAGCCGGAUAGCAAGCCUGCACUUACCAGGCGACAAGAACUAAACCGCCAGGCGCAAAGGUACACAUUCCAAUUCGAUAAUGAUCUGGCUGGGCUGAUCACACACAGGACACAUCGCGAGCGCAAGGAACAAUACAUGAGAGGUCUGGAGGUCGAGGUAGCGCGGUUACGAGAGGCCUACACCACCGAGGUCGUCGAUGCCGCCACAACGAUUCAACAGCACAAAGCUAUGUUGCAUACGAUGCGAGAGGAGAAUGAGAUUCUCAAGGAAAUUCUCGCAGCGAACGGGAUUCAAUACGAAGCCGAGUUAGAGCGCCGCCGGGCGGAACGCCCACCGAUGGCCUUCCACUCGAGCCCUAUUACUGUCGCUGGUAGCAGCACCGCGUCGCAGACUGCUCCUGUCGCCCUUUCGUCCAGCAACCACAACACAACCCCCGCGACUACGAUCUCAUCCGGAAUGAGCCCUCGCGUCAAUGGCAUGGAUCACUCCGAGGUCUUGCCCACGAUUGGAUAUGCGACCCAGCAGCAAGUGUAUCACACUAAUGCAGGCGAUCAUUCUAUGAGCAUGGAUCAUUCAUCUUGCGCACCUGUUGAUACUAUGCAACCCAUGCCGGCUAACCCGGGAGGUGUCUUCGAAACGGACCCCCAGUUGCAGGUUGACUUUAUCCUAACACUCGAAGGCCCCUGCCGCGAACACACAGACUAUCUCUGCCGACGGUCGAUCACAGAAGCCGACGAUGAAGACAUGCCAUUUUCCGGACACGCCCUGAUGGCAUCGUGUCCACCGCCCAGCUACAUUGCGAACACCACACCUGAACAACCAUACCCACACAAGGCGCCGGACCUCCCGCACGCAAACCUCAGCACGCUCCUCAACCUCAGUCGACAGCUCGUGACUGAAGGACAGAUCACCCCCAUCAUGGCGCUGCAGUGUCUAAAGAAUCACGAGCUCUACACCACACUGCGUCGCGAUGACAUCAAGAUCAUCAUGGACACUCUCAACACCAAGGUCCGCUGCUACGGCUUCGGCGCUGUGGUCGAAGACUUUGAAUUGAUAGAUUGUCUGAGCAGCGUGCUCGGCACCAAGGUUGAACUCGGCGUAUACGGCACAGCUGUCGAUGACACGAUGUAUCGCUGA